AUGAACCAUCCGAUCUUCAAUCGCAUCCUGGCUCAGGCCGAGGAGGAGUUCGGUUUCGCCAACGCCGGCCCGCUGCGGAUCCCCUGCGACGAGCUGGAGUUCGAGGAGAUUCUGAAAUUGGUGUCUAGAUCUUAUUCGAUUAUGAGGUUUUUGAAUUUGGGGGAGAUUCAGUGGUGCGGUGCGCUCACUCUUGUGUUGUUCUGGUUUUCUAAUAAUGGACACUUUUGA